ACAGGGGGCGGGGUGAGUCGCGUGACGUUAUCACAGAGCGCCGCGCGCGCAGCGGACAGAGACGGCGCCUAUUGGCGUCACCACCACCCGACUGCUUUUUCUGGAGACAGGAGUAGAAGGCCCGCGAGUUGGUCAUAAUGGCAGGUGAAGAAAUUAAUGAAGACUAUCCAGUAGAAAUUCAUGAGUAUUUAUCAACAUUUGAGAAUUCCAUUGGUGCUGUGGAUGAGAUGCUGAAGACCAUGAUGUCUGUUUCUAGAAAUGAGUUGUUGCAGAAGUUGGACCCCCUUGAGCAAGCCAAAGUGGAUUUAGUUUCUGCUUACACAUUAAAUUCAAUGUUUUGGGUUUAUUUGGCAACUCAGGGAGUUAAUCCUAAGGAACAUCCAGUAAAGCAGGAAUUGGAAAGAAUCAGAAUAUACAUGAACAGAGUCAAGGAAAUAACAGACAAGAAAAAGGCUGGCAAGCUGGACAGAGGUGCAGCUUCAAGAUUUGUGAAAAAUGCCCUUUGGGAACCAAAACCUAAAAAUGCAUCCAAAGUUGCCAAUAAAGGAAAAAGUAAAAAUUAACCCUUUGGUUUUGAUGUACACAUACUGUAAAAGUACAUCACUUUUAUUGUUUUCCACAAAAUAGAUGAUUAUGUGGCAUUGCAAGGUUUAAAUGUAUUUGUUAUUGAAUCCAUAUAUAAAAUUUACAUUUUAAAUUUGUAAUGCUAAAUAUUCUUUCCCCUAGAAAGAUUAAGUUAUCUUUAUUGAUUUUCCUAUAGAACACAAUGAGGUUUUUAACAUUGUGAUAUAUUUUAUAUUUAUAGUUUAUUAUCUCUCUUGACAAGACUCUUAUUUCCUUAUACAGGUCAAUCUUUCAAGUACCAUUUUAUAAGCAACUAUGAAAUUUAAGUUAAAUGUUCUUUGUAAACAUUUGUCUAUUUUAGUAAAAGGCGAAAGAUUUAUGCAAUCUGAAGAGAAACCAGAGUAUAACAUUUGUCUAUUUUAAAUGAAUGACUUUAUGAAGUAUGCUCUCUGAAGGCUAAAGUUAUAAAUACAUCUGUUUUCACUAUAUAAAGAAAGAAUGAAAUGACUUAAAUGCCCAUUUCUUUCCUAUAUAGCUACUUCAUCAUGUUUUCAUGAUUUUGGGAAUUAUUGCUUUUUUUGAUAUUUGAAGUAUGAAAUUAAGACUUUAAGGUUAUAUUUUAAUUCUUGGCAAUUUGCCUCUAUGUCCCAUUUAAGGUAAAAUAUAUUCUCAUUAGCUUUAGUUGGGAAAUGAAGCUGUAUAUUAAUGGCUGAAUUUUGGCAUAAUGGCUAUACCCUAUCAAUAAAGGCUGUAAAGGUUGUAUAGAUGACUGUUUAUUUUUCUCUUUUGUGUAAAUUUGCCCUUGAAAUUAGGAAGAUAGGUUUUAGAGAUUAUUAGGAAUAGAGAAACUCGAGUUUUUGUUGCUUAUGCAUCAUGCCUAUAGAUCUUUUUGUCUCAUUUUUUCACAUUUUUUGAUUACAUGGUUUUGAGGUGAUAUCAAGUACAUACAAGUAUUUUGGAACAACUUUCUAUGUUUAUGUAAUGCCACACUUAAGGAGAGGACAAGUCCAAAGGAGAUUAUAUUGUGUUUAUAUUCUGAUUUAUUUUUUCAGAAUAUUUGUUACAGAGAAUUCUACAUAUUAAAAUUUUUUUUAAUGUCUAAGUCCUUGGAUUUUAAUUAUAUGCUCUUAAUGCUUUCAGUUUUUGAAUCCACAUAUCCACAUCAUUAUUAUAGGAAUGCCAAGUACAGUAAAGUACUUUAAUUUUUGAAAAAGAAGUUAAAAUUUUCUAUGUGAUUAGUUCUGCAUAAGUAACCUUGCAUAAAUGGAUUUCUUGAUUUAUGGUAGAAGAUGUUGGAAAUGUCUUAAAAUGUAAUGGAUUUUGUAAAGCAUGUUGAACUCUUUCUAUGACACAUGAAGAGGAAGUCACUGAUAGAUGCAGAGUCUUCUGGCUCAGAUGUCAGACAAUUUUUGAAGUGGAAGAACAUUUAUAGUUACUUCAUUACUUUUUUCACCCUCAUCCUCAAAUUUCUAGCUUUUUUAAAAAGUAACUUCUUCAUGAGAGAAAUAAAUGUUAUUAUGAACAAGUGUAGUGUACAUGUGUUAUUUAUUACAAAGAAACUUACAACUUGCAUUUCUGUAUAUUUUCUAAUUUCAUAAAGAAAAAAAUGAAAAAUGUCAUACAGUUGCAGAAAAUCAUUAGCCAAGUUAGGGUUUGUGAAAGUCCAACUCUAAAUUCUGUUAAAUUGGAGUUUCUUAGUGAAUAAUUCUUUCAGUGUUUUAUUAGUAGAAAUAAAAAACAGUUGAGUGUAUUCCCUUUUAUAAUGUAGAAUUUGAAAUACAUAUUACGUGGCACGUAAUCAGGAACUGAAUGGUGGUAGUGCAGUGCGUGCUCAUUUUUGUUGUUGUUUAUUCAUUUCACAGAUAUUUAAUGACAUUUACAUUGCCAAAUACUACUCAGGUUCCAAGGAAGACAACUCAAGCCUUUAUUCUAUUUUUAUAAAGUGUUACGAAAAAAGUAGUCUUUUUGUUCAAUUCAGGUUUUCAGAGUUACUAGAAAAUUUAUGACAAAUUGUGCUCAUUAACCUUAGUCAGAACCAUAAAGGGUGAUGGGUUGAUCUAUUUGACUGUGGUAUAGUUAUUGUUAACAUAGUUUUUUCCAAAUGACAGUCUGCUCUAAGUUUAGAUGUUAAUCACAUCUUUUAUUAAUCUCUUUGGAAAUUAACAAGUUGGAGAGGUUAUAGCUAUAGAUAUUUUUAAGAUUGGAAUUAUAGACUAUUAAUCUAAUACUAAAUAAUGAGAUUUUGUCUUUUAAUAUUAUUUUAAGUACAAUUUUCUUGUUAAUAGUUGCAGGAUGGGAAUUCAUUUUAGUAAAGUAGAAUAUAUUAGGAAAAUUGAAGGUUGAAUUACGGUUUACAUUCCUGGAAUUAGGAGGUUAUGUCAAGUUGAUUGGUUUUUAAGAUACCCUACAGAUUAAAAAAUUGUUCUCCUUAGCUAUUAGAAGUGGAUUGGUAUUAUUUCUAAAUAAGGCUUUUAAGAUUGACUAGAAAUGUAGGAAAUGCUUCAAAAAUGGACAAUGUAUUGAAUAUAGAUACUAAUUUCUUAAGUAGGUGAUUGGAGAAAAAGAUGCUCUAGGAAUCAUUCAGUUUAUGAUAUAGUUAAACUAUAAUUUUAUGCAGUAAAUUAUUAGACACUCUGGCUUUACAAAGUGACAUUAAGUGAGAAAGAUUUGAACAGUGAUUCUGACCCUCAUGUAAUAGCUAAGUUUGGUAUAUAAAGGGAAGAAAAAGAAGCCUUUGGCAUCUGAUUUUCUUCCCUCAUAGCAUAGUUCAUAAACUUACCCUUGCCCAAAUAUAUUCAAUGGCUCCUUUACCAAAUGACCUUGGUAGCAACCUAUUUUAUAUAAAUGUGAUCUGAAUGUACUGUACUAAUAAAAACAUUUCCUUUUCUCUGUA